CCCUGCAGACGACGGCGCGGGCGGUCUGGCGGACACGCCUACCCUCAUCACGUCAACACCUCCACUCCAACAGUACCAAGGUUUUCUUAUUGCUGCGUUUCUCCUUCACCCACUUUCUCGUCAGCUUGCCAGUGAGUCACAAGCUUCCUGCCACAGCACAGUGCUAGGUAUGCAGGACAACCACAGUCACUCCAAGUUUUGCCUUGGCAACAGAGUGAAAAACCUGGGAGGCACCUUUCUGUUUGCGUGAGCUGCCCUUCAACACCAGAGGUGUUUGAGGUUGGUGACUGUGCCUGCCAUUCCUGGUACGUGAGGGACAGCACUGUCCAGGAUUCAGUCCCGAAGCACCUGCGAGGAGACCUCGGAAGAUGACACGUGGAGUGAAGUGCUGAGGCGGCACCUUGUCUCCAGACCACACAUCUGUGUUCGUGUUUGCCAAGCUGUGUUUUGCUGUCGAAUAUGGUUGAGAUGACUUUCAAGCAAAUACAUACAUUUAAGAAGGAAACUUGUCGUAGAUAGAAGUGCACUUCUCACUCUUAGCUGGUGAAGAAUGGGGGAAAUAGAAGGAACAUACCGAGCCUUGCAGACCCCAGGGGCACGCCUGGGAGCCCACCCCCCCGAGGGAGUGAGCACCCUGGAGCCCGGGCAGGCUCCCUCCGCCGGGAUGGCACGGACAGCGGCCAGAGCACAGGAGAAGCGCUUCCCCCUCAGAGUGAAGCUGCUGGACAACUCCGUGGAGACGUUUGACAUCGAGCCCAGACGUGAUGGCCAGGUUCUGCUGACCCAGGUGUGGAGGCGCUUGAACCUGCUGGAAUGUGACUACUUCGGGCUGGAGUUUCAACACGCUCUGUCCUACUGGAUUUGGCUUGAACCUAUGAAACCCAUCAGUAGGCAAGUACGAAGGCCAAAGAACGCAGUGCUCCGCCUAGCAGUGAAGUUCUUCCCACCUGAUCCCGGCCAGCUGCAGGAAGAAUACACACGGUACCUGUUCGCCCUGCAGCUUAAGCGAGACCUGCUGGAGGAGCGCCUGACCUGCACGGACACCACGGCGGCCCUCCUCACGUCCCACCUGCUGCAGUCGGAAAUAGGAGACUACGAGGAGACCCUGGACCGCGAGCAUCUCAAGGUGAACCGGUACCUGCCCCACCAGGAGCGCUGUCUGGAGAAGAUACUGGAAUUCCAUCGCACACACACGGGCCAGACGCCAGCCGAGUCGGAUUUCCAGGUGCUCGAGGUGGCCCGGAAGUUGGAAAUGUAUGGCAUCAGGUUUCACAAGGCUUCUGACCGGGAGGGGGCCAAGAUCAACCUGGCGGUGUCCCACAUGGGCGUCCUCGUGUUCCAGUGCACCACCAAAAUCAACACCUUCAACUGGUCCCGGGUCCGGAAGCUCAGCUUCAAGAGGAAAAGAUUCCUUAUCAAACUCUACCCAGAGGUCCAUGGACCAUACCAGGACACACUGGAGUUCUUGUUGGGUAGUAGAGACGAAUGCAAGAACUUCUGGAAGAUCUGUGUGGAGCAUCACACCUUCUUCAGACUCUUCGACCAACCGAAGCCGAAGGCCAAGGCCGCCCUCUUCAGCCGGGGCUCCUCCUUCCGAUACAGUGGAAGGACUCAGAAACAGCUAGCAGAUUAUGUCAGAGAUGGUGUGAUGAAGAGAACGCCCUAUGAAAGAAGACACAGCAGGACGCAGUUGUCUGGCCGUACUCUGACUGCAGACUUGCCAAAGCAGAGCUUCUCCUUCACUGAGGGCAUGAGGAGUUCUGGUUUCCCAUCGUCAACACAUGCCUCCUUCUAUUCAGUUCCUGCCUCCCCAGCAGCCCCUCCCUGCCGGCCGGAAGUCAAGGACAGCAGCGCCUCCCUGCUGGAGCCCCAGGCUCCCCACGCCCAGAGGCCGGCUGCGCAGAGGAGCAGCGGAGCUGCGGAAGGCCCCGGCCCCGACGCGAGGCAGGCCCAGCCCACCGGGCCCCCUGCGCUCCAGCCGCGUCAAGGCCUUUCCGUGGACAGUCCUCAGCCUUCUCCCUCCGCCCGGAAGAGCCCACUGAGCCUGAGCCCUGUGUUUCAGGUGCCUCUGGGCCCCGCUGAGCGGGGCUCGUCCCCACUCCUGAGCCCUGUCCUUAGCGAUGCUGGUGGAACCAGGAUGGACGAUGAGGAGCCGAAACACAAGUGCACGGGAGUGGACGAGGCCUACUUCAUUGCAAAGGAGAUUCUCGCUACAGAGCGGACUUACCUGAAAGAUCUAGAAGUUAUUACCGUGUGGUUCCGCAGCGCAGUGGUUAAGGAGGAUGCCAUGCCUGCCGACCUGAUGACCCUGCUCUUCUCCAACAUCGACCCCAUCUACGAGUUCCACAGAGGCUUCCUGCGUGAGGUGGAGCAGAGGCUGGCACUCUGGGAAGGACCUUCUGGCAACCAUGCCACAGGCGGUCAUCAGCGCAUUGGGGACAUCCUGCUCAGAAACAUGCGUCAGUUAAAGCAGUUCACCGGCUGCUUCCAGAGGCAUGACGAGGUCCUGACAGAGCUGGAAAAGGCGACCAAACGCUGCAAGAAGCUGGAGGCGGUGUACAAAGAGUUCGAGCUCCAGAAAGUCUGCUACUUGCCUCUCAACACGUUCUUGCUGAAGCCCAUCCAGCGGCUGGUGCGCUACCGCCUGCUGCUGAGGCGGUUGUGUGCGCACUACCCGCCGGGGCACAGCGACCAUGCCGACUGCCGAGACGCCCUUAGGGUCAUCACGGAGGUGACCUCCACGCUACAGCACAGCCUCCUGCGGCUAGAGAACCUCCAGAAGCUGAUGGAGCUGCAGCGGGACCUGGUCGGCGUAGAGAACCUCAUUGCUCCAGGCAGGGAGUUCAUCCGUGAGGGCUGCCUUCACAAGCUCACCAGGAAGGGCCUGCAGCAGAGGAUGUUCUUUCUGUUCUCAGACAUGUUGCUGUACACGAGCAGAGGUGUCUCGGGGACCAGCCACUUCCGGAUCCGGGGCCUCCUCCCGCUGCGUGGCAUGCUGGUCGAAGAAAGCGAGAGCGAGUGGCCUGUUCCACACAGUUUCACUAUCUGCGCAGCUCAGAAAACAGUCGUGGUGGCGGCCAGCACGCGGAGGGAGAAGGAGAAGUGGAUGCGAGACCUGAACGGCGCCAUUGAAGCGGCCAAGGGCAGCGGCGACGGGGCCCUGGCUCUGCCCAGCAGCGCAGUGGGCCCUCCUCCCCGCGGGCCCUCCGAUGAGGUCUCUCUGGAGCAGGAGUCAGAAGAAGAUGCCCGUGGCGCCCAGGGCUCCUCCGAGGAGCCGUACCAGCACCGGGCCAACACCACAGUGCACGUGUGCUGGUACCGGAACACCAGCGUCUCCAGAGCUGACCACAGCGCAGCUGUUGAGAACCAGCUUUCAGGGUAUCUGCUAAGGAAGUUCAAAAACAGUAAUGGCUGGCAGAAGCUCUGGGUGGUCUUCACCAAUUUCUGCUUGUUCUUCUACAAGACACAUCAGGACGACUACCCCCUGGCCAGCCUCCCCCUGCUGGGCUACAGCGUGAGCACCCCCAGGGAGGCCGACGGCAUCCACAAGGAGCACGUCUUCAAGCUGCAGUUCAAAUCCCAUGUCUACUUCUUCCGGGCCGAGAGCAAGUACACGUUUGGGAGGUGGAUGGAGGUGAUCGAGAGAGCCAGCAGCUCGCCUGGGAAGGCCGGGUCCCCCCAGGAGGAGGCAUGAAGCCAUCCCGCCUGGAUGAGGACAGAGCCAGUCAGCCCAUCGGCACAGGCCGUCUACUGCUCAUCCCGCCUUCCCAGCAGUGGACCAGCAGUGCGGGUGGGCCUGAGUGACAUCUGGGAGGGCAGUGUCCUUGAGGACCCAGAGCAGUCCCUUGGCUGUGGAGCUGAGAACACGGA